GGCAAUAUUAAAUCAGCGAACAUAUUUCACUGUGAUUUUCUUGCCUUUCAAUAUCGUACUUUACACUUACAUAGACGCAAAUAGCUAUCACAAUAAUUCAACAUCACCCCCGAAAGAUCUUUCUCUCGCAGUAGAAGAGGCUCAAAAAACGAAAACGGACAGCUCUUGCGCAUCAUACCGAUCGCGCCAGACAGACGCGCGAAACGGAAUAUACCAUUCUAUCCUGAUAUCCGACCAGUUUACUAUUCGGGAUUCGCGAGCAGCUGCAUCUCGAAAACGGCGCCAUGCAUACAAUAAACAUCGCAUUCAAUACUGUCCGUACAUGAAAGCAUUGCAGUGUUGCGGUUCCUUACCAGCAAGAUGGCAUCAUUUACCGCAUUAAACAUUGAACCCGACGACCAAAGCUAUGAUGAGAUCGAUAAUACAAGAGAAAUUCAGAUAGAAGAUGCCCUCAAGCUCUACACAGCUGCGCUUAAGCUACAUGCUCAAGGGCUUCCUUAUUAUCCAGAAGCUGCCGAAGCAUACAAGAACUUAUUCCAAUCGGAGAUCUUUAGCUACCCAGAGGCUGUCACUGAAUUUACGAGACUGGAAGAGCAUCCGGAACUUGAAUAUGUCGACUCUACCAUACCUGCCGAACUUGAGAUUGGUUCAGCUGCCGUGGAUGGUACGCCCAGCACACUACCUCAAAUCCUAUACCUUUCACACAAAAAUCAUGGUCAAUUCAUCCUAGAUUGCGUGAGAGCUCGUUUGCGGCAUUCGAAUGGCUUGAUGGCUGAUAUUGGGAAUCGUGCAGCACUCGAGUCCCAGGCCAAAGUCACGAUGGAUGAUUUUGGGCGUGCGCUAGUCAGUGAUGAAUCAGAUACCGAGCUAUGGAGACGGGCAGCUCGUAUUGGAGCAAUGCUUGGGAGUAGGAGGAUUGCUAGAUACUGUCUGGAGGCUGCUGUCGAAGUAGAUGACGACCCGACCAUUGCCGAGGUCGAACCUCAGUCAUUGGAAGAAGGUUUUGCAGGAGAACAAUUGAAGAGUCUACUUGAAUUAAUGUCGGAUGAAUUAUCUUUAUCUCAUCCAAUAAUGGGACCUUUCAAAAAGAAAACCAUGCCACAGUUCUUGAAGAAGCAUAUUGAUCCAUAUCCAUUCCUUCCGGAUCCCACCAGUACGUUAAGUAGGAGCAUCGAUUUUGAUGAACCCUUGCAAAUUCUUGAGGGGCGUGCAAUCAUCAACGUGCCAGAAAGGUCAUGGACUUCCAUUGGCCACGAGAUAUGUGGAGCUGCACAAGCCCUUCCUGUUGUUGGAGUAAUACUUGCCUUACCACCAGGAGAAGACCAACCCUUUUCACCCGAGCCCCAUCAUCUUGAAAGCCAGCAAGCAAAUGAUACUGUGAUGACAAUGACUCCUGUAGCAGAGAGUUUUGGCAAUGGCACGCCUACUACUAAUAACUCUGACGAAAGGGCCAGCGAGGUUACUUCAGCAGCCACUACGAAAUCCUCUGACGCCGCUUUACCUACAAGAAAAAGGUCUCAAUCUGCCGCUGGACUGCGUGAUACCCCGGAAGAAGAUAACAGCACUCAUAAGCGCAGCAGGCGUAUCAGAAAUCGCGAGAGUACUGCUGAAACUCCCGUUGACCCAACGACUCAAUAUGUGGAACAACUGAAGACGUUUGCCCGUGCCGACGAUGACGUUUUCACAUUCGUUGGGACCAUGCUCCAGAAAUUAGGCGUCGAAGAUUUGGGGACACGUGAGGAUCUCCAAGUAGCUUUGGCGGUUGAUACAGCCACCGACCGUAACGAGAUUAGAACCAAUACAGCAGUCAGAGAUCUACGUGAUAUCAUGAAAUCUUGGGACGACAUCAAGGCAACUGUAUUCGAAACGGCCAGUGCCGCAGAUGUUCUGGGGAAUUCUGGGGGUAACGCGAAUGCUGGUAUGUCUGCUUUUCUUGAGCAUUCGAGUUCGGUAUCACAAAAGGUAGCCAACAAGCCACCACCAUUUGCCGAAUUUGGCGGAAUCACAUGGUUCGCACAAAGAGUCGAAAAAGACUGGAUGCCGUUACAAGAUGUUGUUUUUGAGUGGCUGCGUAUUGUUCUGGCGACCUAUCUACAACGCCAAUGGAGUGCUGAACUGAAAGUCGCCGUCGUUCGAAUGACUAGUUUUCUGGAUGCAGAUAUUUAUGAUCGAGUUCGGUCAGAGUUGGAAUUAAGUCGCUCAUCCGGUGAAAAUUCUACCCAGAUAUCACAGCUAGAAGAGAUGGUGGAAACAAUAUUUGAACUUCACCUUGACGUUUAUUCACGAAUUACCAACGCAGACAGCAUGGUUGGUAUGGAUAUUAGGAUCAUGACAAAGGAUCGGCUUGAUCGGUGGGCAAGUUUUGCGGCCUUUGUGAUGCGCAGUCGGCAGCAUGAGCGGGACGAUCAAUUAUCUACAAGGUACUUGUGGGCAUCUGUCUUCUAUGCCACAGUUCCCGGAGAGAGCUUACGAGAGCAUAAAGUACUUCUAUGGACAAAUCUUAGAGACAUCCUCGACAAAGCGGGAAAACCACCAAUUCUACUUACGAACAAUGCCGUUAUAUCUGAAAUCUCCACCUCUGCUGCAGACCGGGAGGUCUCAAGUUUGACAACGAUGGAAUUCUUUCAAAAUCUUUUCCAACCUGGUAGAUCCGACCCGUUAGCAAUUAUUCAAACACUCGAGCCAGUGCUUGAUCCAGAAGCCACAUCUCAGUCUGCAGUAAUGGAGAUCGCAGACUCACAAGAGAGCGAGUUUUCUAAAAACGGAGAAAACACGCCAGCGAUUUUACGUGACAUGUGGAAGUUCUUGGACAGUGGGAGCACAUCACUUCGCCUUUUCUUGUGGCAGCGUUUGAGUGAAGCAUAUGCUAGCAUCGAAUACAAGACUAAAGUAUUCUCUUGUAGUUUAAAAUGCAUUGAGAUCCUCGUUGCGGAGUUUAGAAGUGAGGAUUACUUGAAUUGUGAUGAUGAGACUCGUCGCCAGAAGAUGCUGGUAUCGUUCAAGGCUCUUGACCAUCUAUUGGUUCCAGCAUUGACCACAGCACUAAACGAAGCUACAACCUGUUUUGAGAUCAUUGACGACCGUCAUAUAAGAUCAACAUGUGCCUCACUGGCGCAAUUGAGUCGUAUCCUUCACGCCGCCGCAGUGUUUGAUGACGAAGUCAGAGUAGGAAGCAUAUCACUUCCACAGAAUGGGGCUUAUUCUGCGUUUGGAUCUUUUAGCAAUUUUGCUAACAAGAUCAAGGAGAUGCAGGUACGUACAUGGGCAUUACAAUACGCUAUGGUCAAAGAAGCUACAGCUCAGAAUCGUGAUCUCUUUCCCACUCCAGAUAAUGAUCUUGCAGAUUUCCUUGCACUAGUGCACUAUUCAUUGGGUCUGAGGAAGUGCUGCAAGGCUUCAAACAAGAUAUUUCUCAAGAUGAUGAAGCAAGAAAUGUCACGUCUUAAGCACAUCGAUAAAUGGGAAGACUAUUUGGGCCAGGUAUUGUUCGACCUAUACGGCAUUAAAUUAGGUGUUGGCACGUUCCUUCUCGAAGAUCACGGCUGUCCUAUAGAAAGUUUAGAUCGACGAACUGUCAUGAAUAUCGCAGAACAAGUCAUCUCGCUUGCGAACAACAUGCCGAUGAAAGAUCUCAUGAAACACGAACUUAAGCCCACAAUUGAGAAAAUGCAAACUGCUGUCGGCCAGCCCAAGGAAACGCCUACAAUGCUUCACAACUCCAGGAAUAUCUCGGAGUAUUUAAAAACUCCCAUUCGCCCUCUUGAUUUAUAUCUAGCCAUGAGAGGCGAGUCGCAGAUUGAUUCCAUUUCUGUACAUACUCCAGAAAGUCCUCUUGCCGACAAGGGUUGGUAUUAUCUUUUGGGUAUGCUCGCUCUAACAAAAUACCGUUCAACGAAGCGAGUAAGUGCUGGCUCGCAAACAGAUGACUUGAGAUUUGCUGCACAUUUCAUGAAGCUUCAGCUGCAAUACACUGUGGAUCACUGGGAAGCGUGGUACAGACUUGCACAAUGUUAUGAUUUAGAACUUGAGGAAGAAGUCUUGUGGAGCGCAGAUAAAAUGAACAAUGAUAGACCGCUUUUGGUACGGUUGCAAAAGUGUUCCAUUCAUUGUUAUAUCAUUGCGCUCUCUACAGCAAUGCGAUGCGCAGAUGGUUCAUUUGGAACGGCCGAAAAACUGUCCGAAAUGUAUUAUGAUUUUGGAAUGCGUCUCUAUGCAUCAUCUCGGGAGCCGUUUAGCAUGGAAGUGUUCUGGGUUGAAGAGGAAAAGCAUAUGAGCGGGACAGAAGGAAUGUACAAGAAGAUGCCUUUCGAAGAAAUGAGUAGAUACAAGUUGUGGAGGUAUGCAUCAGAACUAUUCAAGCGCUCUCUGGCGGAUCGGCCAGAUUUCUGGAUGUAAGUCUAGUUUGUGAUCCGUGUGCAGCCUGAUGCUAAUAUAUUUAGGAACCAUUUUAUGCUGGGAAAAUGCCAGUGGAAGAUCAUAGCCAGUGCUCGAGAGGAAUGGAGUGACAAGCCUCCAACCAAUGUUCCCACCAUGGAUAUGGUCCUGAGUGCAUUUGUUCGCGCCAUAGAAACUUGUCCAAAACCAAGUAAAAGCAGCCAAGAACCUAUCUUGGAACCGCAUUACAAGCUCGUAUCUCUUGUCCAUAAACUUGUAGCACGGGGAGAAAUGGAAUUCAAAGAUGCUGCCAAACUUCUACAGGAUCAGCCGUACGGUCCACGAAAAGGGGAUCCCUUUGUGAUUGAAAGCGAUGAAGAUUGGGAGAUCUUCAUUCUUGCCUGCUUUCGCCAGCUACGGAAUGCAGACAAACCACAUUGGCAUCAUCGUAUGAUUGCUCGGGUAGCUAAUAUUCUUUACGAUGAGGCCAAACCGGAUUAUGUUCAAGCUUGUGCAGCUCGUAUCGAGUUCCGUGAGUCAAUAUUUACCAAGGCCAUGUCCAUGCAAGUCUGGAAACCGGAAGUGGAACGACCAGGAAGGCAUUUUGUCUACAUGCGACGUUAUGCUAUAUUCAUGGCCAGAUUGUUGUUUCUUAUCAACGACAAAGCAAAUAUGGAAUUAUUGGCUAAGCGUGUAAGGAAACGAGCCGUCGAUUACUACAAGUUUAGUGAUGUUUGGAGCGAAUGUUGCACAAUAUAUCUUAGGCUUAUUCGUAAAGCGGCCAAUAUACCUGCUAAUGUCGACGAGGUGUUUAGAGGAAUCUCCCAGGAGGGGUGGGAUGCAUACUCACAACGCAUCGAGGAUUCUAUCAAAGAUGGCAGUCUUUCGCAUCCAGCCCUUGAUGCUCUGCGUGAGACUAUUGAGUUAAAGAGGCUCAAUAAUGGUCUUGCGAAGAUAACUCCGAUCGAUGAUAUGAUCAACGAUAUAUGGGCAGUUCUUUACAUCCAGAUUGUGAGAGACACUCCUGUCAUUGAUGUAUCAACGUUACAACAAUCCCAGGUUGAUGGAGAGGCAACAGCAAGAGCGUCGGGCCCGAUGAAUCUCAAUCAUAUUCUUACGAACACAGAAUCCAAUGUAUCCACUUCAAUUCCUGCUGUUGAACCUCCUAGGCCUCGCAAACUUGGCAUCAACCGCAAGGCAGUUAUUAUGAGAGCCGAACAAUCAAUCAACCGUAUCGCGGAAGCGCCUCGGCCUGUCGCCGGUUCUCGCCCUAAAAACGCUGCCUCAUCUUCUGUUUUACCUUCGAAUGCGUCACCUCUUAUUGCAUCAGCACCCAGAAUCGAAAUACCCUCCACGGCAACCCAGCAAAGUACAAGAAGGGAGGACAGUUCGGCACCAGGAAGUGUCCAUGACAGUGCAGAUGAUGAGAGUGAUUUGAGUGAUGUUCCUGAUAUGGACGACCUGGAUGGAUCUUUGAUAUUCCCGAACCUGGUAAGAAGAAAUGAGAGUGGUAGCGUAGGGCACAGUCCUACACCGGGAAAUAAUGGGUGAAGGCCUGGGAUUCAAUGCAUAAUUAUUUUUUGCUUUUGAUAGGAGUUCGAAAAGGGAAUACCCAUGGUUGCGUAUAUGCGCUGUAGCCUUGUACUGUAUCAAAAGAGUGCCAUGCAAAAUUAGAUAACGGAUUAAUGAGCUUCCUUGCCUUUCGCUUUUGUAUUUUUACAUUUACAAUACACAUUAUUUACUCUCUAAAACUCACUGCGAGUGCAGUAGAUGUCGCAUUUGCUUGGAAUACGGCGAUUGGGAUGAGAUUAAUGUAGGAGGACGAACAAAAUGAAAGCAUAGCAUAGCAUAGCACAAA